AUUCUGGGGGUCCAGCUUUCAUUUUCUAAAUUUUGGAAAUUAUGGCGAUACUUAGACAUUCCCCUGGCUAAUUUGCGGCUGGAAGAGCUCCACAGCCAGACAACAGGUUCCAACCACGCAGUCCGUCACCAUGUCGCUGCGUGUGCUCCAAGUGUCUACGCGCGUAGCCACUGCCGCCUCCACGAAGCGUGCGGCCUCUCGUGCCUUCUCUGAGGUGGCCAAGGAUGACGAGGCCGCCAAGGCUGCGGCCGAAGCCGCCGAGGAGAAGCUUAUGGCCAAGUUGCGCGAGCAGAAAUACGCCGACGCUGAACGCACCAUUCUGCCGUACCAAGCGUCGGAGGCCUGCGUCCCGACCAUCGACAAGUCUCCCAUGCCCUACCCAGAGGAAGCCGCUAUCGUGUCUGGCACAGGCGAGUGGUCCGUGGGCCGCAAGGCUAAACUCUUCAAGCCGGCACGUAACCAAAUGCAAAGCGGUAUCCACCAGACGAAGCACUGGGAGAUCCGCUUCACGUCGCCCCGCACAUGGGAAAACCCCCUCAUGGGCUGGACCAGCACGGCCGACCCGUACGUGGGUAUGGUGACCAAGUUCGACACUAAGGAAGAGGCUGAGCGCUUUGCCAAGAAGCAGGGAUGGGAGCUCGAGAUCGAAGAGCCUGCCCCUGUCGGCGACUACUACGGCAAGAUCUCGUACUCGCACAACUUCCUGCCUGAGCACAUUGAGACGCUCAUCAAGCAGAAGGGCAAGAAGUCGGCCGUGCAGUUCAAGCACCCCACUGGCCGUCGCAGCAACUGGGUCAAGACGCUCAAGUUCCACGGCAAUGGUGUCGUGGCGCAGCACGGCGGCGAGGCCAAGGAGUAAAAUACGCAAGCAGCGCAGCGAUGGAAGCAACUAACAGCAUGACAGUAUCCACUGCUUUCGUCCGUACUAAGCAGCUCAACAAGAACUCAUGAAACUCAAGUAGAUGUGGGCUAUCUUACUAUUUGGAUUUGGUCGAAGAGACGAUGCAGAAAAGGCGGAUAUAUAACCAUGCAGCUUAGCUCUCACUUUCGUGUCCUAGCGAUGCAGGUGUUGUAAGUCUUGCGUUUAGACCGACACGUGAGACGGCUGAGCCUUGUUGGCGGUGGACGUUCCAGACACGGGAACUUGCGCCUGCUUCUGAUUAUAACGGAGUUCCGGCAUGGCUUCAAGGUCCGCAUCCUCCUGCUGUUGGGCAGUCGAGGCCGCUCCCGUCGGCUGCAUCAUGGCCUGCUUGUACGCCGGGUGCUGGAGAUAAUAACAAAGGAAGCCGUGAGACCCUUACAAAAAUCAUGUUUAAAAAUCCAUCUAGAGUCCAACGUACCCGGUGGAUGAGGAAGAAGUUGAAGAGAGCCAAGAAGAAGAAACACACGCCGAGAAUCCAGCCGAUCCAGCCCUGCGAGACGGCGAGGAACGCGAUGCUACACAGUGCAACGUAGCCACAAUCGUAUACAUCA